AUGGCGGCUAGGUUUUUGGUGAAGAGACUCGCGACGGUGAACGUUUCAAGAACUCCGGGUAGAGAUUUCUCCGGUUAUGUCCUCCGUCAAGUUACCACCGGAAUCAACAGCUUCUCCACCGCAUUUAAGCAAACAGAAGGCAACAUGAGGGACCGUCACUAUGGUUCACACGCUUCAAACGACGAUAAGUCAACAACGGAGUACGUGGCGGACAAGGCAAAGGAAGGGGUGAAGAAAGCGACGGAUGCAGCCGUGAAUGCCGGAGACAACAUGAAGGAUGCGAUGGACGGCGCGUGGAAAGCGGCGAAGGAAACUGGUCAGAACAUUAGCAAUGCGGUUACUGCCGAUGAUGAUGAUGUCGACGGUGACAGGAUUCAAGAGGAUAAGGUGGCGGUGGAGUUGAAGGAUGUGAGUCAGCCGGUGGACACGACGGAGUAUAGAGGUGUGGAGGAGCUACAACAGCAAACCGGUGGCGAAGUUAAGUCGCCGUGGAGAUGA